UUAGAAGGCGUAGUGGGAAGUGGUUACCGUGGCCAAAUUGCCAUAGAUGAUACUGCCAUUAUUCCCGGAGAUUGCCCUACACAGCCUGACUACACAGGAGAUUUAGAUGUCUACAGAGUCCAGUGCUCAUUUGAUAGCAACAGCAUCUGUUCCUGGAAGCAGAGCACAACUGAUGAUUUUGAUUGGAAGUUAAGGAGUCAGUCUAUUUCAAUAGCAGGUGCAGGACCAAGCAGAGACCAUAGUGGUGCUGGUUCUUAUGUCUACCUGCCAUCUACACCACCACGCCCUAACGGUGAUGCAGCAGAUCUUGUUUCAUCAGUCAUAAUUCCUGCUUUUGGGCCUGGCUGUUUUUCCUUCUGGUACCACAUGUAUGGUCCCAACCCUGGUACUCUUUCUGUCUAUAUGAUUGUUCAUGACCGGCAAUCCUUGCGGUGGACUCGCUCUGGUAGUCAAGGAGACCAGUGGAAAUCAGCCCAGCUCACCAUUAUCAGUGAUGUUAAUUUUGAGAUCAUUAUGAGAGGAACUGUUGGUGGUGGGCAAGGUGACAUAGCUCUUGAUGACUUUGCUUACAGCCUUGGUAUUUGCCAAGUUUCAGAUGGAAAGAUGUGUGACUUUGAGAUAGACAUGUGCAGCUACAAGCAGCUUGCUUCUAAUCUGCAUUGGAAUUACACUGCUCGUACAAACCAUGCAGGAUUGCCUGUUGAUCAUACUACAGGCUCAGAAACCGGUCACUACAUAACACUCUCAGGCUCAGGUGGACCAAAUGAUGUAGCAUCAGUGUUAUCACCCAUGUAUGCAGUCUCUUCAGGCGAGUGUCUGCAGUUCUACUACCACCUUCAUGGCAACAACGGAGGCUCCUUGAAAGUCCAGCUGCACAUCAGUGCUGGUACAUCUGUCAUCUGGCAAGCCCAGGGCGAGCAAGGUGAUCAGUGGAAGAAGGCUCAGGUCACAUUAAAAACCAUCAGUAACUUCCAGAUUUCCUUUGAUGGUCAGAUGGGUCCAGGGUCAGGUGAUGUUUCUGUGGAUGACAUCUCUAUCCUGCCUUAUCCUUGCCCAUUGCCAGGUUCCUGUGACUUUGAGAGUGGCUUUUGCUCCUUCACUAAUUCUCACACAGAUCAGUUUGAUUGGAUACGUGGUUUUGGAGCUACCACCUCGCAGUUUACUGGACCUAGUGCUGACCACACCACUGGCAGUGCUGAAGGCUACUACAUUUUCAUUGAGAGCAGCAUCAACCAUACUGGUGACAAGGCUCAGCUUGUGAGUGAGACACUAGACCCCACUCCAGGAAGCUGCCUGAUAUUCUACUAUAAUAUGAAUGGUGCAGGUAUGGGAUCACUAAAUGUCUACCAGUCCACAAACUCCAAUCAGAAGCUGAUAUUCACUCAGACAGGUCAUCAUGGAGAUGUGUGGCUUCAGGGAUCACUUGACCUUACCUCCACCACACCUUACACUCUUAUCUUUGAAGGUGUUAAAGGGGCCAACUACACCAGUGACAUAGCAUUAGAUGACAUCUCAGUGGCACGGGGUACUUGCUCACAGCAGUCAUCGACCACCACUGUCAACACUCCAACACUGCCAUCUUCAUUACCAAACUUGAGCUGUGACUUUGAGGGUGGCUUAUGUCAGUGGACACAAGAUACAAAUGACCAGUUUGACUGGACAAGACAGCAUGGCUCUACAUCAGCUUCCAACGCAGGUCCAAGAUUUGACCACACAAAGGGCAAUAUCCAAGGAUAUUAUGUGUAUAUUGAAAAAUCACAGCACGCUGCCAAUGACUCCGCCCGCUUACGUAGCCCCAUUUUUAGUACUACAGGAGCCUCGUGUAUGACCUUUUGGUAUCACAUGUAUGGUGCUGAUGUGAACCGCCUGAACUUGUAUUUGGGUAAUCCUGGACAGAUUGGUACUCUUGCCUGGACAAGGUCUGGUAACCAGGGCUACACGUGGCAGUAUGCACAGUUGGAAACAAAGGGAGCUUAUGCUGCGCAGUAUAUAUUUGAGGCUCUGUGUGGAAAUGGAGACAUGGAGGACAUAGCAUUGGAUGAUAUCAUUGUCCUAAAUGGACCUUGCCCUCCACAAGCAUAUUGUGAUUUUGAGGACUCACAGAUGUGUGGAUAUGAUCAAUCUCUUGGGGACCAAUUUGACUGGACAUUACGGUCUGGUCAGACUGCAACUCUAGGCUCAGCUCCUGUAAACGAUCACACUUAUGGCACACCUCAGGGUCACUACAUGUUCAUGGAUGCUUCUGUACCCCAUGCAUCUCAAGACAAAGCACGAAUGCUGAGCAAACCAUACAGUCCAACGUCCGGAAGCUGUCUGUCUUUCUGGUACUAUCUAUAUGGAGAGAACUUGAUGGUGGGAACUAUAUCUGUGAUGGUCACUACAGUUGGUCAGCAAGCAUCCCUACCACCACUGUUCAGUAUAGGCGGAAGUCAAGGUCUCCAGUGGCACUUGGCCUCUGUCAAUAUUCAUAGCAUUGAGAAAUUCCAGAUAAUAUUUGAAGGUACCUUUGGUAGUCUCAUUGCUGGUGGCAUGGCUGUGGAUGAUAUUCGUUUGACCCCCACAAGCUGUCCUGGUCCAGUAGACUGUGAUUUUGAGCAGGGUGGGAUAUGCAGCUGGAUCCAAAGUACAACUGACAACUUUGACUGGAUUGUAAACAAUGGGGAAACAGGUUCUUGGAAUACUGGGCCUUCUAAUGACCAUACAACUGGUACACAAAGUGGUAACUACAUCUACCUGGAGUCAAGUGCCCCACAGCAUCCAGGCUACAGAGCAGUCUUGAUAUCUCAAGUGAUACCAUAUAUAAAGGGGAUUAACAACUAUUGUUUCACAUUUUGGUAUCACAUGUAUGGAUCCACUAUUGGCACAUUGAAUGUCACCUAUGAGAUCUCUCCUUCAGAUCCUGUAACUAGCUUCACACGUACUGGCAACCAGGGAAACACCUGGAUUCAGGGCUUUGUGAACAUUCCUGAACCAUAUGGUGAUCUCACACUUUACAUAACUGGAUCAGUAGGAAAUGGUUACCAAGGAGACAUUGCACUUGAUGAUUUCAAGAUAUAUUCUUCAAGCUGCUCACAAAUUGAACAGUCCAUUAAUACUUCAAGCCUCUUCAUGUGUAAGGAUGCAGCCAAUACAACAGUUACUCAGGACAAAGUUUGCAACUUCAUAAGAGACUGUCCUCUCCCUUACUUGGAUGAAGCCAACUGUGGAGAUUGUAACUUCGAGGAUGGUAAUUGCCAAUGGACAGACGACAGUAGUGGCAUUUGGCAAUGGACCUCAGGCAGUGGCCAGUCUCAUGGCAAUUACUCUGCUCCCAUGUAUGACCACAAUGGCAGCCCAACAGGCAAAUUCCUGUACCUUGUCCAGGGCUUUGGCACACAGGGUACCUUUUCUGACAUCUACAGCAUCCAGUUUGGUCCCUGCAGUUCUACUUGUCAAAUGCAGUUAUACUACUUCCUUUCUGGACAAGCAUCUCAACUGAAAGUGUUACUAGAACAGGGUGAGGAGAUGUCACUUCUCUGGGCAGUGCAUGGACAAGAUAACAGCAAAUGGGUGCAAACCACGGUUGAUAUACUGCGUGUAUCUACACCAUUCAGGAUACACAUUCAAGGUUAUGCUUAUUCAGAUAUGGACAUUGCGGCAUUAGAUGAUAUCCAAUUUAUUAACUGCAAUUUCCCAGCACCAGGUAACUGUGCCAGCAAUCAGAUUCAGUUCCAGUGCAAGAGCACUGCUUGUGUCCCCUUGGCGGUUGUCUGUGACUUCACUGACGACUGUGGUGAUGGAAGUGAUGAAGCUUCUUGUGAUAAGUAUUCAUCACGUACCGACUUCGAACAAAGCUUGGGUUCCUGGUACAAUGACCAGUCUGGAUCAGACAAUUUUGACUGGACCCGUACACAUGGUUCAACCAGCACGAGUGGGACUGGUCCUUCACGAGACCACAGUAGAGGAACAUCUAGUGGUUACUAUGUGUACAUAGAGAGUUCUGUACCUAGGAAGCCAGGUGACAAAGCUUGGCUUGUAAGCACUGACCUCUUUAAUCCCACUUCAGGCUCUACAUGUGCUCUGCGCUUCUACUACCACAUGUAUGGAAGAACUAUUGGAAGUCUCAAUGUUUACACCCGAACUUCUAUUCUUGGUGGCUUAAAACAGAUUCUUUCUCUUUCUGGUAACUAUGGUGAUGCUUGGAUGCGCAAAGAUGUCAUGCUUCAUGAAACUGAUGUGUUCCAAAUCAUCAUUGAAGGAGUGGUUGGAAAUGGUUACUUAGGAGAUAUUGGAAUUGAUGACAUUUCCUUGACACAAGGUUGUUCAAAGUCCACAGGACCAUUCCCCACAGGCACUCCUCCAUCAUCAACUGUUCCUACUAGGUGCUCAGCAAGUCAGUUUGCUUGUGAUGGCAACCGCUGCAUCCCACAGACCCAAGUGUGUGACUUCCAGCAGCAGUGCAGUGAUGGCAGUGAUGAAUUCAUGUGUGGUGACUGCACAUUUGAAGUAAACUUCUGUGGAUGGCGAGAUCACAGCACGGGACAGUUUGCCUGGGUCAGAACACCCUCUAAUGACAGUGCUUUGACUGGCGGACCCACCUUUGAUGCUGAUGGAGGAAAUGGACAGUAUAUGCUGGUUCAGUCUGCAAUGGGCGUCACAAAGGACCCUGCUCGAUUGGUGUCUCCAGUGUUCAAUGCAUCUGGUGUCAUGUGUCACAUGAGUUUUAACUACCACAUGUUGGGCGAUAGUGCAGGAAAUCUGAUGAUUCUCCUUCAGAAGGCCUCUGACAUUGGCUCAUCCAAUGGUGUUGGAUUGUGGCACCGAACAGGCAGUGCUGGCAAUGACUGGCAGUAUUACUCUGUUGAUAUAGGACAAAUUGAUUACCCAUUUGUGAUCACAGUUUUAUCUCUUCCUACCCCUGGGUUUAGCACAUUUGAUGUGGCAGUUGACAACUUUGAUUUCGAAGACUGCCAGUCUGGUCAGAUUGUGAAUAACACAGACUUGAGCAUCAACUGCACGUUCGACUAUGGACUGUGUGGCUUUUUUGAAGUACGAACUGAUGAUUUUGACUGGAUCUGGACCAAUCGAAGCACGCCAACAGUGGGAACUGGACCUGAUCGGGAUCACACGUCAGGCACUGGAUAUUAUAUGUACAUUGAGACAUCUUCGCCUCGGAAACCUGGUGACGUAGCUGACCUUUCAUCAGGUCUGCAGACACCAACAAAUGCCACCGGAAUGUGUUUAAAGUUUUGGUACCACAUGUAUGGUGCUCAUGUGGAGACACUCAAGGUCUUCCUGCAGCAAGGUUCAAAUCGUACACUAAUAUGGAUUCGGUCAAACACACAAGGCAACAUCUGGAGACAAAGCAUGCGUACAGUCAUUAGUCUUCAACCAUACAAGAUUAUCUUUGAAGGUGUGGUUGGUGCCAGCUACUUGGGUGACAUUGCAAUUGAUGACAUAUCUCUUGUUAAUGGACCAUGUCCUCCUUCAGCGGAAUGCGACUUUGAGGUAGACUUCUGUGACUACACACAGAACAUAGACGAUGAUUUUGACUGGAUUCGACAUGCAAAUUCCACUUCUACUGUUGGUACUGGCCCAUCCAGUGAUCACACUACACGCAAUGGAUAUGGUUACUAUGCAUACAUUGAUACUUCACCCCCACGUCGUCCAGGUGACCGUGCUAGUAUUACUAGCCCUGUUCGACAGCCAUCAUCAUUCAGUCAGUGUUUGACCUUUUGGUAUCAUAUGUAUGGUGAAGAUGUUGGGCAGUUAAAUAUCUACAUCAUUUCAAACAGUAUUCGUCCAGUAUCUCCCAUUUUUAGUCAGCAAGGUAACCAUGGAAAUUUCUGGAUGCAAGCUUCCAUAACUUUGCCUGCACCAACCUUCCCAUGGCAGAUCAUGUUUGAGGGUGUUGUGGGGCAAGACCAUGCGGGAGACAUUGCCAUUGAUGACAUCAAGGUACAACAAGGUGACUGCCCUCCACCUGGUACCUGUGACUUUGAGAUUGACACUUGUGGCUACUUCAAUGUUCAGGGCAUGGAUGAUUUUGACUGGCUUCGCUCAGCAGGCAGUACAGUUGUUGCUGGAACUGGCCCAGCAGUUGACCACACGUCUGACUCUGAUGCAGGAUUUUACAUGUACAUGGAGGCAAACUCGCGCAGCAUGGGUCAACGAGCAUGGCUAUACAGUUCCCCCAUCUCUCCAGGCCAACAAAUAUGCAUCAGUUUCUGGUACCACAUGUAUGGCCAGGAUGAGGGCACCUUAAAACUGUACCAAGUUGAACCUGCACGCUCUGUGGUUUUAAUGAACGUGACAGGAGACCAGGGUAAUUUCUGGCACUAUUGGGAGACUACUACAAGUUGUAACUCAUACUUCCAGCUGACAUUUGAAGGUACAGUGGGGAAAGGCUAUCUAGGGGAUAUUGCCAUUGAUGAUAUAUCAGUAAAACCAGGAAAUUGCACUGGUCCACCAACUGCUACUGACACACCAGGAAUUUCACAAGUUACAUAUGCACCCACACAGUAUGACUGUAACUUCGACCAGGCAAACAUCUGUACUUGGACUCAGGACCCCACAGACAAGUUUGACUGGACUCUGCAUCAUGGUACAACUUCUUCAGUCCAGACAGGCCCUAGUUAUGACCACACACAACAGAACAGCCAUGGUUACUAUAUAUACACUGAGGCAUCCAAUCAGCCAGCCAAUGCCACCGCCCGCAUCAUCAGCCAGAGUAUGACCAUAAGUAAUACUGGUACAUGUGUUCACUUCUGGUUCCACAUGUAUGGCAGCAAGAUUGGAACUUUAAAUGUUUAUGCUCAGCAAGGACAGAACCUGGGAAGCCCUCUGUGGACAAGGUCAGGUGAACAAGGGGAUAAGUGGAUUGGUGCAACUCUAUUCCUCACACCUCAGACUCUCUCCCUUCCCCAGAGUCAGCCAACUCUUGUGCAGAUUGUUUUUGAAGGUGUGGUUACUGGGGGUUACCAAGGGGAUUUGGCAUUGGAUGACAUAUUCUUCAACGAUGGCAGCUGUCCUGUCUCAGUGACUUGUGAUUUUGAGUCAGAAAACAUUUGUGGUUACAUUCAAGAGACAAAGAGUAAUUAUAACUGGACAAAGCAAAAGGGUCACACACCAAGCACAGGAACAGGACCAGCCACGGACCAUACCUAUGGCACAAUGAGCGGAUAUUACAUGUAUACUGAGGCUUCCAAUGGAAGACCUGGUGACACUGCAGACCUGUUGAGUCCUGUACAGCCUGCCACAACAGGCAAGUGCCUACACUUUUACUACCACAUGAGUGGCACAGGCAUGGGAACACUCAUGGUGUCCAUCAGGGCACGGGCUGUAAGCACUGUCCUCUGGCGUCGCUUUUCUGAUCAAGGUGAUGUGUGGCAUACAGCACAGGUGUCCAUCAAUUCAAAUUUUCAGUACCAGGUAGAGUUUCAAGCUAUCCGAGGCAGUACUUAUCAAAGUGACAUAGCUAUAGAUGAUGUUGAGCUACAGGAUGGUCUCUGUUCACCACCAGCCUCAUGUGACUUUGAACAGGGACAAUGUGCCUGGAACAACGACAACACUGGUGAUGACUUUGACUGGAUUCGUUCUCAGGGCUCCACCACCACUGCAAAUACUGGGCCUACAAAUGACCACACUUUGCAAAAUAUAAAAGGUCACUUCAUGUACAUUGAAGCAUCACAGCCACGUAAAGCAGGAGACAGAGCUCGACUACACUCAGAGAUUCUGAACAACAGUACACAUCAACAGUGCCUUACUUUCUGGUACAGUAUGCAUGGUGCUGGCAUGGGUACCCUCUCUGUGUACAAGGACCUAGUCACUGGAACAUCAGGACCUGCUCAGCUCUGGACACGGAGUGGUGACCAAGGAACUGUGUGGCAGAAAGCCACAGUCCCUGUAAGAGAAAACAAAGAAGAGUUUAUGCUGGUCUUUGAGGGAGUAGUUGGCAGUUCCUAUCUCAGUGACAUGGCCAUUGAUGAUAUCAGUCUGACAGAUGGAGACUGCUCUUCUAGUAGUCAGCCAUCAACAUUUACCUGUGGAAGUCAGCAGACUGUGACUAGUGAUAAAGUGUGCAACUUUGUGAAGAACUGUUCUGAUGGCAGCGAUGAAAUUCAGUGUGGAAACUGUACCUUUGACGCAGAUCUUUGUGGAUACAUUGACAUUAGUCAAGGUUCAUUUAGGUACCUGCGUACCAGUAAUGCUACAUCAACAAAGAGUCUUCCAAUUCCAUUUGACCAUUCUUACAACAAAAGCAAUGGAUACCUGCUGUAUGUGGACACAAGCCAAGGAACUUUCAACUCUUUGGCCACAUUAGCAAGUCCUGUACUUCAUCAGUCUUCUCCAGCCUGUCAGCUGUAUUUCUACUACUUCAUCAUUGGUAGUCCUGGUGCUGGUCAGCUUCAGGUCUCUGUCAUGACUGGAGAUACCAAAACCAUUGUCUGGCAGCUCCGUACCAGCUCUGUUACUAACCAGUGGCUACUUGCUGUGGCAGACAUAGGUGCUUUUAAUGGAGACUUCCAGAUUUACAUAGAAGCCAAGAGAUUUUUGUCAUAUGGCAGCCUUGUCAUAGAUGAUGUUCAGCUCCUUAACUGUGGAUACCCACCCCCACAAGCAUAUUGCCCUCCUGGUUCCUUUCAGUGCCAGAUGGGAUCGUGUAUUAACAAGGAUCAAGUGUGUGAUGGGGAGAAGGACUGUGGUCAGCAGGAUAAUAGUGAUGAAGCCACCUGUACGGCUGCCACAUGUGUGACUUUGAGCACUCACUCUGUGACUGGGCUCAGGAUGUCACAGAUGAUUUUGACUGGGUAAUCAUGAAUGGUCAGACCCCAACUCCAGACACAGGUCCUUUCCGUGACCACACUACAGGUCUUGUGACAGGACAUUAUGUUUACACAGAGUCUUCUGCACCACGUCGCCCUGGUCAAAAGGCAAGACUACUUAGUCCAGUAA